AUGUCUCUAUUACAGUUAUCUAAUUUAUUAUUAUUACAUAUCAUAACAAAGAUUGAAGAUAAUGUAGAUAUAAUAUGUUUAUUGUUAACUUGUAAAAAGUUAUUUAAAAAUAGUAGUGGUUUAAAGAGAUCGAUUCAGUUUAAAGGUAUAGGAGGAACACCUAUCGAGUUGAUGAAUGGGUACUUGCUAGGACUGCUAAAAGCAACAGUCAAUCAAUUCAACUUAUUAUCAUUUAAAGAUAUCUUGGAGAAUAGUAUCUCUGAUCAGUGCGUCAUAAUAUACAAUCUAAGUGACUAUCCCAAAUCGAUACAACAACGACUCUCAUUAAAGAACAGAGUCGACAAGAGUAAAAUUACAACAGCUUUGGUAGAUUAUAAAUCGACAUCACUACAGUCUAUCUAUGAUGAUAUACCAUCAUCAAUCGAGACACUAUUCAUUAACAGAGAUUGCGACCCUGAUCGUGAUUUCACAGCACAAAUCGUUUACUCUGGUUACGACACCAAAGAUGUCGAUCUUGGUAGUAUCUCACUGUUACCGAAUCUUCAAAGACUUGAUGUUUCUGCACGCAAUGUGAAGCUCAGUCCUCACACAUCACUCAAGUCUCUAACACUAUGCUACUAUGAGAUUGAAACUGAAAAGAUUCCAAAAGCAGAGAGGAGUUUGUCGAGAAAAGAGGAAGAUCACCCAGCCAUCAAUCUCGAAGGUUUAUGUAACCUCAAGACACUUUUACUUCAUGGAUAUAUCAAGUUGUUGGAAAGACAUGACAGUAACAAAAGAGUCGAGAUUACAGUCCCUCCUUCACUCGAGAUACUCUCUCUUCAAUUCGAUUGUGUAGAAAUCCCACAUCGAUGUGUAAUGCCACAUUUAGAGAAACUAUAUAUUCUACAAAGAAUAUUGAUUGAUGGAAGAAUUAGUCUGUCAACAUGCAAGUCUCUCAAGAAACUUGUUCUUUGUAAUAGUUUUCAAAAAAUGCCGGCGGAUCUUACCAUCCCAUCGACUGUCGAAAGGCUGACCAUCCGUAAAAUAAAUACAAGUCCUAGAAAUAUGCUUUCACAAAUGGUAUUACCACCAUCACUCACUCAUCUCUCUGUCUGGGGAGACUACGAACCAAUCAAACUACCAGACUCUCUAGUCAAACUAAAACAAGAAUUCCAUAAUGAUACAGUCUCUCAAGUCAUUCAACUAGGUCAUUUGAAGAAACUGGUUUGGGUAUCAGCAGUCAAAGAUUUAUGGGUGUUGAUCAAAGAUAGACGCGAUCUAAAGUUACCACCAUCCUAUCCACCCAAUCUUGAAACACUCAAUCUGUUUCGUGUCUCUGAAGACUAUACGAUUCAAGUACCACCAACCAUCAAAAAUUUGGGUCUUCGGUUGACACUACAACCUGGCGUGGCAAGGUCACAUACAUAUGGGUAUCCAAUCUUUUCAAUCAGUUUUAGGGUACCCAAAGAUCAACCACAAUGGUUACCACCCACUACAACAGAGUUAACUUGCAUACUUUGGAAUGAACAAAGAGCAGCAUUUAGAUUAGACGAAGUAAUCAACCAUACCAAUGUUAGAGAUUUAACAAUCUCUUUUGCCUCUCAAACCUUACAAUUUACAAUUCAAAGAUUGGACGCUGAAAAUAAGAAUGUAUUGGUAUUGGAAAAAGAGACACUUCAAGGUGGAAUCAUCAGAAGAGACAAGACUGUCAAUCAACACUAUGAUCCAAUUUAUUUAUAUUUAGGUCAAUCCUCCUACUCUCCAUUUGAUAUAAGUUGGAGAUAUUAA